AUGAGAAUCUCUCUUGCAGCCCUCCCAAUUCUUGCGGCCAGGCUUGCUGUGGCGCUUCCUGCGCCUCAAGAGCUCAACCUGGACAUGGUAGUUGCCAUACCUGAUCCAACCUACACCGAGUUGGUCGGUGCGACUGCACAGGUCAUCACCUACGACCCUACAGUACUGGCAGCUCAAGCUACAGAGGCAGUCUCUUCAAUCUCUUUUGACGACAGGUAUUCCGAUUCAAACACUGCCGCUGCUCGCAAUGGCAGAAGAGCUGCUUGCGCUCCCCAACCUACUGGCGUUGCAGCAUACGCAGUGACCAAUCCAGACACUGCCGUCGCCUUCACUUCAGACUCCAGGUUCUCAUCCAAGGCCAUGAAUGCCCAGACGCCUUCCGGCUACACGAUGGGCUUUCAAAAUCUCAACGCAUCAAGCAGUGCUUACGGAUACAUGGGUUUCACUACACUGCAAGAUUAUGAUGUCUCCACUUGUGCCAAGAAGUGCGAUACCAUCAGGGGAUGCGUCUCCUUCAACAUCUACUUCGAGCGUGACCCAAGUCUCGUGCCUGGGCCCACCUGUGUCGACCCUAGCAGUGUCACCAUGAUCAAGUGUGUUUUCUGGGGCAGUGCGGUCUCGACUUCAAACACGAAGAACUAUGGACAGUUCAGGAGCUCGUUCAAUGUGGUUGUCGCUGGAUCCAAUGGCUACACCAGCAACUCGAUAAUCGUUCCUUCUGGCUUCUCUUCCGCCCAAUACCUCGGCAAUGCUGCCAUCGACGCUCCUUAUGAUACUCAAGGCUACAACACUCUUGUUGCAUCUACCAUAUUCACUCAAGGUGGUUUCAACGCAUCCCUUUGUGCCGAAUACUGUAAGACACAGACGCAAUACAAUGUCAACCACCCUCCUUCAGAUGGCACCCCUCCCAAGAUUUGCAACUUUUUCAAUACCUUUGUCUUGUAUCUAAACAAUACUGUUGCUCAAGGUCAAUACUGUACCCUGUACACCGAAGCAUGGGAGAGCAGCUAUGCGACAAACAGUGGCCAGACGAGAGGCAACGAUAAGUACACUGUGUCGAUGUCUUAUACAUACACCAAUAUCAGCAGCCAAGCGCCUAGCCAUGUGGUUGGAUACAAGGACGGCGCCAUUUACCAAGCCCUUACCGACAUGCGAUACUUCCCAGACCAAUUGAAGUCGACUUUCAUACCCUUCUGUUCAAGUGUGCUCAGUUACACGCCUGUCGUCGCCACUGUCACCGUCACAUCAAUGACCACGCCAAUUUCGACGAGCAUCACACUUUCCACUGCCACGGUCACUGUUUCUGCUGGACAGGCGUCGCAGCGUAAGCGAGAUGACAGUCGAUUUCCGAGAGAGGGUUUGACCACAGCCUCCGACGAGGGUAACAUUGCAGUCUUGGUGGAUGCAAACCAGACAACUUGGUACCUCCCCGCCGCGAAUUCAGCUGCACAGAAUGUUAAGCGCACACUGGCCGUCCCUGACGCACUUACCAAGUAUCCCGCCUCGGUCGUUUCAUCAGCUUGUAUGCUUCAAGUCACACAGGCUUCUUCAGCUUCAACGACCACAACCAGCAUCACUGUUACUGCCUCGGCUGUGACCACCAUCAUCUCUUCCGUCUCUACGACAUUCACCACAGCAAGUGCAGCACCGACAGCAAAGCUUGUGGCUUUCGGCUCAGGAACUAGUGCCGAUGGAACUCCCAUCCAGCUCAUCGAUCCACAGAACAAGUGGGACCAACUGUAUCUCGAGAUGAACCGCCAAGCUGGAAAUUACAAAGACGGCGGUUUCAGACUGGACACGGUGACGGGUCUUCUCCAUGAAUCAGCCCCAGCAAACAGAGCUUUGUAUAUUAUCAACUCUGGUGGCGGUUAUGCAACGGACAUGGUCUUCCCUCAAUUCUUCGACCCUGCGGCCCCGGGCAGAUGGUUCGAUAUCGUGCCCAUAGUAUGCUCUGUUGACUCGUCCUCUACACUACAGUGCUCUGCCACACUCUCAAACGGUUUCAAGGCGGUUGGAUUUGGCAUGUAUCGAAACUCCGACGAUGAUGUGGAUUAUGUUAUCAUGCAUGGCUCUCAGUGGCAAGCCGAACGUGGCUUUUCCUACCCGCUAAACCUGAAAUACAACAUCUAG